AUGCCAUCAACACUCACUGCCCUGCUCUGCCUUGGACUGUGUCUGAGCCAGAUGAUCAGCUCCCAGAAGCAUCAUCUCUUGAAACCCAUCAUCUGGGCCAAGCCCAAUUCCAUGAUUCCCAAGGGAAAGCCGGUGACCAUCUGGUGCCAGGGAACUCAGGAGGCUGUUGAGUAUCACUUGCUUUUUAAGGGACAACUUUCUGCCUUGAAGAGACAGAAACCACACAGAUGGGUGGACAAAGUCAGAUUCCCCAUUCCGGCCAUGACAAUACACACUGCCGGGCGUUACAGCUGCGUCUAUCUGAGUGGCGAGCUCUGGUCAGAGCCAAGUGAACCCCUGGAUCUGGUGGUAACCGGCAUGUAUGACGUACCUACCUUGUCAGUGCAGCCCAGGCCCGAGGUGGUCCCAGGAGAAGAUGUGAUCUUCCGCUGUCGUCUGGAGACAGCAACAAACAAAUUCUUUCUGCUCAAAGAGGGAAGAUCCAGCCGCCCACAGCAAAGACAUGGGGAAAAUCAGGCCGACUUCCCCAUCGGCCCUGUGAAGCCAGCCCACAGGGGGACUUACAGAUGCUUUGGAUCUUAUAACGACUUUGCAUGGUCUUUUCCCAGUGAGCCUGUGGCGCUCCUGGUCAUGGGACCUAUUAGGAACACCAGUCUUGCACCUAAAGAGUCCACCUAUUAUGAUGAGCUUACCUUCUGGGAUCACACUGCCCAGAAUUUCUUUCAGAUUGGCAUGUCUGUCCUCAUCUUGAUGGCCAUGGUAGGGCUGCUGGUUAUGGACUGGCUCAGCAGGAAGAGGACUCAAGAGAGAGCCAUCAGGGUUUCGAGUUGGGAACACCGGAGAAGAUUCGGAGCACGAAGACACCUCAACAAAUUUCCAAGAGAAGCGGUGGCCACAGGCAGAGCUGAAAGCUGGUUCUGA